UGUGACAGUUUCCGGGUCGGUGUGGAUUAGAUGACGUUCCUUUGGGAGAGUUUCGGUGUUUUCCAGCUCCCGUUUGAUCAAACUCACCGACAGUCGGAAGUGUGCUGCUGCUUGCUGAGACCAUCACCUGUCAGCUGACCUGAGUCACUGAGCGCGCUCAGUAGGGGGGUUCCCCUCCACGCACACACACAGAUCCCAGUUCACAAACACACGGAUCCGCUCAGACCGCCAUCAUGGUUUUAGCUGACCUGGGCAGGAAGAUCACCUCGGCGCUGAGGUCACUCAGCAACGCCACCAUCAUCAAUGAAGAGGUGUUGAAUGCCAUGUUGAAGGAGGUGUGUGCUGCUCUGCUGGAGGCCGAUGUAAACAUCAAACUGGUCAAACAGCUGAGAGAGAACGUCAAGUCUGCCAUAGAUCUGGAGGAGAUGGCUUCAGGUCUGAACAAGAGGAGGAUGAUCCAGCACGCCGUCUUCAAGGAGCUCGUCAAGUUGGUAGACCCCGGUGUGAAGGCCUGGACCCCCACCAAAGGAAAAAACAAUGUCAUCAUGUUUGUUGGUCUGCAGGGCAGCGGGAAAACCACCACCUGCUCCAAGCUGGCCUAUUAUUACCAAAGGAAAGGCUGGAAGACCUGCCUGAUCUGUGCCGACACCUUCAGAGCAGGUGCCUUUGACCAGCUGAAACAGAACGCCACCAAAGCCAGAAUCCCUUUCUACGGCAGUUACACAGAGAUGGACCCUGUGGUGAUCGCUGCAGAGGGCGUGGAGAAGUUUAAAGCUGAGAACUUUGAGAUCAUCAUUGUGGACACGAGUGGACGACACAAACAGGAAGACUCGCUGUUUGAGGAGAUGCUGCAAGUGUCCAACGCUGUGCAACCAGACAAUAUAGUGUACGUGAUGGACGCGUCGAUCGGUCAGGCCUGUGAGUCUCAGGCGAAAGCCUUCAAAGACAAAGUGGAUGUAGCGUCUGUGAUCGUCACCAAGCUGGAUGGACACGCCAAAGGAGGCGGAGCUCUGAGCGCUGUGGCGGCCACCAGGAGUCCGAUCAUCUUCAUUGGAACAGGAGAACACAUCGAUGACUUUGAGCCGUUUAAGACGCAGCCGUUUAUCAGCAAACUUCUCGGGAUGGGAGACAUCGAGGGUUUGAUCGACAGAGUGAACGAGCUCAAACUGGAUGACAACGAGGAGCUGAUCGACAAACUGAAACACGGUCAGUUCACCCUCAGAGACAUGUACGAACAGUUUCAGAACAUCAUGAAGAUGGGACCCUUCGGACAGAUCAUGGGGAUGAUUCCAGGCUUCGGCACAGACUUCAUGAGUAAAGGAAAUGAACAGGAGUCGAUGGCCAGACUGAAGAAACUGAUGACCAUCAUGGACAGCAUGAACGACCAGGAGCUCGACAGUAAAGACGGAGCCAAACUGUUCAGUAAGCAGCCCAACAGGAUCCAGAGGGUCGCCCGGGGGUCAGGGGUCGCCACCAGAGACGUCCAGGAGCUGCUCACACAGUACACCAAGUUCGCCCAGAUGGUGAAGAAGAUGGGCGGCAUCAAGGGACUCUUUAAAGGAGGUGACAUGUCGAAGAACGUGAACCCAUCUCAGAUGGCCAAACUGAACCAGCAGAUGGCCAAGAUGAUGGACCCUCGAGUCCUGCACCACAUGGGCGGGAUGGCGGGACUUCAGUCGAUGAUGCGUCAGUUCCAGCAGGGAGCCGCCGGAAACAUGAAAGGCAUGAUGGGAUUCAACAACAUGUGACCCCCGACCAACCAGCUGCCUUAACACGUAAAAACUACAAAUUAAAGCCCCGCCUCCUGACAGCUCCAGGUGGAGGUGGGCGGGCCUGAGAGAGAGAGAGAGAGAGAGAGAGAGAGAGAGAGAGAGAAAGAGAGGACAGGAAGUGUAGAGAGGUGAAAUAAAAGCGGGAUGUUUGAUUCUUUUUGUUGUUGUCGUCUUCUGCUGCUUCUCACAGGAAAAUAAAGAUUUUGAAAAACACCAGAAACAGAGAAACGAUGAUUUAAAGGAGCAGGAUGACAUUUUAGGCUGCUGCUUCUUCUUCUGGUAAAAGAAUACCGGACUGCUCCUUUAAAUGAGGAGGAGGAGGAGGAGCUGGUUGUUUUAUUUGGGGCCUCGUUAACUUUAUUCUGUAAAAGAUGUUUGUGUAUAAGAUGUAAACAGAGCAGAGAGUCUGUCCCUAUUGGACAAGGAGAUGCCACGACGAUGAUGAUGAUGAUGGUGAUGAAGAUAACAUUAGUUAGUGACAGUAUUUUUGUCAUAUAAUAAACAUUUGUAUUGCACCAUUUUAAA